AUGAAUAAUCUCUUGAGGGCUUUGACCGAGAGCCAGGUCAAGUCAUCUGCUGACCUCAAGUUACUGUUAACCACUGUAAAGGAAGCUCGGCGCCAGAGUUAUGAUACUAAGAUAUCAGAGCCAUUCUACGAAUCCCUGGAAGGUCUUCUCCAUGACCUCCGCACCGUAACAAUGGAUAACCAUGACGCAGAUGCUUUUCUCAAGCCAGUGCCGAGAGCUGAAUAUCCAGAUUAUUAUGACGUGAUCGCAAAUCCCAUGGACUUGCAAACCAUGCUGAAGAAGGUCAAAGGAAAGCAGUACAAGUCCAAAAGAGAGUUUAAAGAUGACCUCGACCUGAUUUGGUCGAAUUGUUACACUUACAAUGCAAAUGAGGACCACCCCCUCCGCCUUUGUGCUAAGCGUUUAAAAAUGAAAGCGGAUAAACUUCUUAUGAACAUUACCGAUCGCAAGGAGCGUGUCGAUCCCUACAUUCCUUUUGAUCUGUCUUCUCGAAAUACGCCGCAGCCGAAAUUGAAUGGUUUCAUGAAUGGCCACCUGAAACCACGUUCUCCGAGUCGUCCUCCUAGGCAACCCAUAUCUAUUCAGUCUACUUGUUCACCAGUUCCCAAGAAACCUCGACGGGAUGUCGCUUUUCCUGAUUCUCCUGCCAUCAUUCGCACUGCGGAAGGCAUGGUAACUUUCCGGCAAAUGGACGAAGAACUCAACGCCACUGCAGGCCCCUCUUUUGCUUCACACGCACCCGCAAGAGGUCUCAGCAAUGGUGUUUCUAGCUUACCUGAGCGGUUAAGGAGUUAUGCGAUGCCUAUAGAAUCGGAGAGUGAAACUGAAGAUGAACGUCUCAUAGAUUCUGCACAUACUGAGGGCGACGCAGCAGGAAAGCGUAAAAUUAAUGGUAUCACCGCGCAGCGACCACGAAAACGAGCGCGUCUCACCCCACCAGUAUAUGAUAACAGCGACGUGCUUGAUUUGUGGUGGAGAGCCGUCGAGUCAGACACCUUACUUGCCAAUGGGUUACCAUCUCUCGUACAAUCUUCUCAUCAGGCUGCUCUGCUUUCCCAACCGACUGCCUCUAGAUCACCGUCCAGAAAACGGAAACGACCAAAGAAAAGUGAUACUCCCACCAACACCAUGCUUGCUCAUAUGAAUGGCAACAUAAAAACCCUGAAGCGUGUCCGUCGAACUCAUGCCAAGUUUGCCGCUCUGAAUCUAAACUCAGAGGAAGGUGGGACAUUUGACGAGCCUCCAGAUGUUCCCGAAGAUGAAGUCGAAGAGACGAUCGACGAAAGACCAUGGAAGACUCGGGGUGCUGGUGUUGAAAUUGGAGAGGCGAAUGCCACUGACUGUCUUCGCUGGAUGAACACUAAAGUGUUGGAGCAUGCUGGUUUCCAAGGAUCUUCAAGCGUAGCACUUGAUGUUUUGUCAGGAGUAACGUCUGAAUUUUUCCUUAAUGUGGGUCGAACGCUUCGUUUUCUGUGUGACAAAUACUCUAAUAGCAUGACAGCUGAGGAAAUUAUUUUGCAUACAUUGUUUGAGAGUGGUACGACGAAGAUACAGAAUCUUGAGCGGUAUAUCAAGGAUGACGUGAUUCGGUAUGGUGCACGCCUUACUGACCUUGAGAAGAAACUCGUCAGUGCAUACCGUGAAGCCACUGCUGUGGAAGCCCUUGAUGAUGAUGCACUCUUUGGCAAUGAUUCAGAAGAAGAAGAAGGUGCUUUCGUCAUGGGUAACUUCACGGAUUCAUUUGGCGAGGACUUCUUGGGACUUCGCGAGCUUGGUAUAGCUGCCGAGUUUGGGCUUUCUAGCCUCAGCAUUCCUAAGAAGCUACUGAAAGGUAAAGGUAAAGCUGGAAGCAAGCUGUUGCCUUCCGAGGUAAAGCCGACAGAACCCCCUCCUCCGUAUCCGCCGCCGCCUUCUUUUUUACUGGUGUCCUCGAAGAACGUGGACGAUCACAUUGGUUUGCUCAAAACGUAUUAUCAAGGCCGCCUAUCUUUGUUAUCAUCUUCUCUCCCUCCUAUGGCAAGCGCUCCUUCGGCAUAUCCACCUGCUUUCGCUUCUGCCAUGCCUCCCCUCCUUCCACAGCCAGCCGCUCCGAAAGCAGUGGUUACACUGCCUGAUGACUCUUCUAAUCCUGUCCAGUCUAAACUAGGUCCUCUUGGUCAAGUCCUCAAAAGCGGAUCUUCUGCAAACGCCCUGAAAAAGAAGGGGAAGGGGAAGGAUGGUACUAUAAGCACAAAACCAGAAGAGACCGCAUUGGUAGAUUCGUCUCUCUAUGAGGGCGGCAGCGUGACAGAUUCUCCGAAGAAGAAGAAACCCGCAAACGGACCUAGUGCCAAGAAGAAGAAAGCUGUCGACUUUCCUCCAGUCAUUGCCGCUAGUGCUUGA